CAUACAUUGAACUGACAUGUCGAUUCCUGAGGAUAAAGUUGAGACCGUUGGUGGGUUAAUAGCCGGUAUGGAAAAAGCGUUAACAUGUACUAUUUGCCUUUCACAAUUAAAUGUUCCAGCAAUAGCACGAUGUGGGCAUUCCUUUUGUAAAUCAUGCAUAGAGAAUACAAUUGAUACAAUUGGAAAAUGCCCAAUCUGUGAAGAAAGUUUAACUAAAGAUCAAAUUUUUUGUACAGAACAAAAAAGUCUAAUGGUAGCUAAAUUUAACGAUUUAAAAGAAUCGUUUAAAAAAGAAUACGGACUUGAUAUAUCACAAAUGACACCAAUUGAGGUGUAUAAAGAUAAUAUGGGUGGUAGUAGAACUACUUCCCAAUUUGAAAACUCAAAAUAUAUAAACCAGUAUCAUAUAUUACAAUACAACAACACCCCUAUUAGCGAAGUAAACAUACCCAAUAUCUCUUUUGAAGAAAACCUAGACAUAAAGAUAACACACAUUGUUUUUGACACAGAUAGAAACGAUUUAGUUAAACCCAAUCGAGAGUAUUUUUUGGCUAUUUUAUUUGGUUGCUAUAUUGUUAAUGAGAAAUGGCUUAAAUUAUGUAUAGAGCAAAAUAAAAUGCUUCCUGAAGCAAGAUUUGAAAUACAAGGCGACAUAAAAUAUGGCAGAACAGGCGCUCCGAGUAAAGCAAGAAAAAAUAGAGUAAUUGGUAGGCAUCUUCUCUUCAAAGGACUUAAAGUUGGCUUAAUCGGUGAUACUGAAAAUGAAUAUUAUACAUAUAUGAGUCUUGGAGAUGCUGAUAUCAACAUGAAAUAUGAUGAUAUUAUUAUUUGCAGUUUUUCGGAUAAAACACUGGAUGAACUACACGAAACAUAUAAAGGAAAAAGAUUAAUAUCAAAGGAUUGGAUUGAUGCCUGCAUCUGUAACUUUGAAAUCAUGAAAAAAGAUGAUUAUAUUUUGUGAAUACUAAACAAAAAA